AUGUCGCGUCCAGUACCGACUUCUGAUACGACUGACACUCAAACCCGAUUUACGAUAGCUACAGCGGCUGUAAACACAUUCUUAGAUUAUCUGAGUGUUCAUGCUAAAUUGGAAUACGUUGCACUAAUAUCAUUCUCAUCUGUUUAUGAAGUGUCAGUCCCAUUCACACGUGAUUUUGACAGUAUUCGUAACAAAUUACUGGUACUAGAAGAAGGAGAUAAAACAUGCAUUGAUACUGCAUUCCUUGGAGUCAACCAAGUUGUACUGAAUGAGUGGGGAUGUCAAACACCUGUUCAAAUAAUAUUGAUAACUGACGGUAGCAUUGGAGUUGGGUCCAUAGGCAGAAAGCGUAUUGUUCAAGCUUUACCUUUGCCACCCUCCUACCCAGCCAAAAUACAUGUGUUGCCUGUAGUGUCUCCACACGAUACCUCUUUACAACAUGCAAUGCCCCUGUACCAAAAAAUAGUAGACUUAGCCAAUAACACGACUAGUAAUUCAAACGGUAAUUUGUCACGUGGAUCAAUAUAUUGUCCUGACCAACUCAGUGUGCCUGGAGCAAUCACAGCAAUGACACGCCUCUGUGAACAACACUACCAAGAAUUUUGGUGUACACUUAAAUGUGGUCAGUUAGAAGCUCGAGUACAACUGUUUCCUGCGCCACAGACUAUUUCACAUGAAGGCAUAGCUACUACUUAUACUCUCGCCAACCAGUUACAUGUUAUUGGUUUUAUUCAACAAACAGAACUAGGCACACCUAUAGCAACAAGUAAACACCUAGUGAUACCACAGACUCAAUCAGGCAACGCAACAGCUAGAGAAAAUUAUGGAUCUAAAACACCUACAAAGGAGGGUUCUUCUAGUAACGAUGGUUCCACAACAGAUGAGGAUAUGUCAGAUCCCAGCAAAGUUCCCAACUUUUGCGUGCUCCUCCACGGAGCUCUAAAGGUGGAAGGAAUGGCAGCAAUAGUCCUCCUAGGCGCGGACUGGUGGGGUACUCUGUCUGCUUGGUGCGAAGCGUCGAGGGCACGGCGCUCGUGUCUGUUGCUCAGUGUGCUACGCCCAGGGGCCUGCACAUCACCAUGGCUCGGUGCACUUGAUCAACUGGGACCUGCAGAAGAUGGACACACCCCCGCGGAAACAUUCCCCAUCCGUUCAUGGCGAUCUUAUAGCGGAGGCGGUUCAGCCUGCGCUUGGGCACGCCCGCACGCGCUUCUGGCUGACGUGCAGAAAGUACUCCGACAUGCCAGGAAGCUGCCAGACAAGACACAACAUCUGUACAAGGAACUAAACCGUCUUCGACGUGCCGCCAUUUCCCUCGGAUUCUCAGAGCUACUGAAUGCUGUGGGCACCGCGCUGGAGCGUGAGUGUGCCGCCUUGCCUCAAACAGCUCCGCCUGAGUGCGCUCUGCAGCUGGCGCAUGCUGCUAGAGCUCUGCAAGAUCCAAGAACAGCCCUAGAUAUCAAACAUACACUCCAGCCUCUUGGAACUAACUUUAGUGUAACACCUAUGACCCACUGA